CCCAGUUUUGAAUUUUUCUACUAUCUCACUCAUCAAUUCAAUUUUGUUUCCAUGAGGAAAUUAAAUUCGCCCAAAGUUGGCAUUAUUGCAGUUGAGUUUUGAGCUCUCUCAUUGAUUAUGGGGUGUGUCCUCGGGACCAGAGCUGCCGGAGAAUCUAGCCGGAAAAACAAAAAACGCCGGCCGUCUUGCGGAGCUAGGGUCAGGAAGGACGGAGAGGAUGUCUCCGCCGCCGAAGUCACUGUCGAUGGCGGCCGCCGACGGAAUCACAAGAGGCAGAAGCAACCGCCGCCGCAGCCGCCGCAGGAGCUUUGCGCGAUUGGGAACUUUGCGGCCAUCGACCAACAGGGGUGGCCGUUGUGGCUGGUUGACGUCGCCGGAGAUGCGAUUAAAGAUUGGAUUCCGAGGCGCGCCAAUACGUUCCAGAAGCUCGAUAAGGUAAUCUCCGCCGAACACCCAAUACACUUCGCCGGAGUUACAACUUCCCGGCCAUUAUUAUAUACUGUUCUCUAUGUCGUUAAUGUCAAAGAAAGGUAAAAGAUUGCAAUGCCUUUUUGCUAAAAAGCAAAACUUUUGAUUUUGCACUAUGCUCUUUGAAUUGGAUUGCUCUAAAUUCGUUUUUUUUUGGGUUAAAAGUUGAGGAAUCAACUCAUAUAAAAUCUGGUAAAUCGAUUCGAGACAUUGUUAGUUAUGACAACAACAACAAACACAGUAAAAUCCCACAAAAAGUAAGCAUUGUUAGAUAAUAAUCCAUAACAAAUCGUACCAUGUAUU